ACGCUGUCCUUGACAAGAUUUUGACUGUGUAUGACGAUCUUUAUCCGGACGUGUACCUCAACGUUGAGAGACUUAUGUCAGAUUUCGAAAAUGCCAUUCAGUCAUCCUGCGAGCAAGCCUUUGUGGAGAGUCCAGAAAUAUGGCCUUACGGGCGCAUACCGGAGUAUACCUACUGUCUGUCACAUCGUCAAGGAAAUGAUUGCUCUAGCCCUCCUACCAGCAGAUGCAAUAUUAGCAGGCUUCCAGGAUAUCAAAAAUACCCACAGAGAAGAUCUUAGAAGAGAAUCGGUCGAGAUCCAGGCGGCGAUCAAACGUCUUAUGGACUAUUACUACGGCUACUGGAUUGACACCAUUACUCCAGAUGGAUUUAGCGUAUUCCAAAUGCCCAACCGCACCAACAAUCUCGUGGAGGCAUGGCACAGAUGGUUCAACAAACGCUGUGGAGGAAAUGCAUUCAAAGAAUCUGAAAAUGCAAAGAUUAGGGAUUAUCAAGCAGACGAGAUAAAAGGGAUGGAUUACAUCAAACCAAAGACACCGUUCCAGCGUCGAAGGGAUUCACAAAUUGCUGAAACUGAGAGAUUGUACUUGGCGUCGGAUCGGAAAGCGGAAGGCAUACGCAAUUUUCUCGUUAGGGCAAGAUAUUUCACAGAACCUGAUCUAAGCGCUCCUGUAGAGGAUGGAGUAGCCUUACAUAAAGAAGGCCAUCAAGAUCAACCCGAAGGCGCAGUGGAGCCUGUGGUCCAACCUAGGCGACGGUAUUUAGCUGGUACAGCAAGACCUGCAACUCCUUUGGAUAAUGGUGUUGCAGACGAGCCUGUUAAUCCUGCCGAUCCUGUAGAGAACGCUGAUCCCAAUGUGUCUGCUGAUGUUGCGGUGCCUGCUACUCCAACAGAGCAGGAUGGUCCCUUAGACGUCACUGGCGCUGAUGUUUUAGAAGAAACCGCUAAUCAGCCUGCACCUACAGGCCGUGGCCACCGCAGACGUCGGCCACCUGCAAGCCUAAGUCCAGGUGGUGAUUUUAUUCUUCCUCCUUCUCGCAGACCUCGCUUGGACCCAAACACAGCCGCUAUCCGUCAAGCUGCACCCUCUGGUACAGUCCGUGGACGACGGGGUCGUGGCCACGAAACACGAUCCCAGCCCAAUGUACGUGGUCGAACUGCUCCGGUAGCAGCAGCAUUGUGUAGUGUCUGCAAAGUUAACCCAUAG